AUGGCGGACGCAGGCGAUGAGACCACCCACGUUCAGGAGCCCCUCGACCUCGUCAAGCUCCUGCUUGAUGAGGUAGUUUUCGUCAAGCUCAGAGGUGACCGUGAGCUCAAGGGUAGGCUUCACGCCUACGACAGCCACUGCAAUUUGGUGCUGGGAGAAGUCGAGGAGACCAUCUACGUCGUGGAUGAGGAUGAGGAAGACGAGGAAGUGAAGACCAUCAGCCGCAAGUCAGAGAUGCUGUUUGUUCGAGGCGACAGCGUUGUCCUCAUCUCACCCCAAGGAUCCUCAUAG